UACUGUUCAACAUAAUUGUAUUCUUAACCGUCUUGUUCUUUUUUAAAUCCUCAACUUAUUUCUGAUACUUUCAAUUGUGUAUAAGAGGUGUAAUCGGGGUUUACUGACCUACAUUUAAUCGUACGAAUUAAAGAUGGCUGCGCAGGCUGCCAUCGCAAACUGGCGGAAGCUACUGGAUAAUAGCCUUGCCUCGAGGCUCGAUUCUGAACCUUUCACAGAUUACAUUCGUAUACUGUCCUCGAGAAACCCAUUACCAUCUCCAUAUAUAUGCGAAAUAUUUCUACGGCCCGAUGAUUACAAUGAUAUAACUGUCGACCCACGGGUAUUACGUUAUGUACAAAUAUUGCUAUCUGAAGGGUUAAUUGAUUGCGCCGGGAUUCUACGAAGUUUGUUAAAAUAUUCUUCGCUUUGGAACUAUAGGCCAGAUGGACACAUGCAGAACGAAACCAAUAAUGAAGCAAAUAAGGCUAAAAGGGUGAAGGAAGGGAAGAGGAGGUGGAAGAACUCAUAUUCUGCCGAGGAGAUGAUGCUCUACCGACUUGCGAAGACAGUUUCUACUGGUGUAAGGCCUAAGAAUGUUCAAGAAGCCGUUGAUCUAUUGGUGAUAUCAAUUCAAUGGAUGGAUAUGGUUGCUGUUGGGAUGAGAGGCGGGGCGCACGAAAUUUUGGACGUCGAGGCGCAUGUCGAGGAGAUUGGGAUGGUGGGCAUGGCCUUGGGAACUCUAAUGGUUGCCGUGGUUGGGAAUGCAAAGAUUUUGAAAGUCUUAGAAAAUGGUCGCUAUCCAAAAGGUCGUUCUGCAUUAUUCUGAUGUCUAAAUGCUACCGGCUACAUGCUAAUAUUAAUCAACAGGGACGGGUAUCGAACUCGGAAAAGCUAUGGCUGGGUUUGUUCCUCUGCUACUUCAGAGCUCCCCGCAGAAUGCACAGCGGUUAGAUGCUUUUCGUACACAGACUCUCAUCAGCAUUCUACCUGUCAACAAGAAAGAGCAAGCUGCCAAUGCUGAGAUAAACGACAUUUUGGAUUCCACAAUGGGGAUGAAUAUUGAUAACAUCGUGAUUGCUGAUUUGCCAGCUGUCAACUCCCGAGCUGGUCUUUACAUCUAUUUAAAUUCUCUCGUAAGUACAACAAUAGUCAUUGCGAAAAUGAAUCAUUUGUGCUAACCAUUGCAGCUGGUUAGCAGACCCCUCAUUGAUGACCAUGUAAUUUUUGCCUAUCUACACAAUAGAUAUCAGGUAAGGACAGCUCGGUUCUCUUGCAAAGAUCUUUACUUACCAUUCUAAGGGCGAUGUCCAAUCGACAACAGUAGAUCUUAUACUAGCUUCAUUUGAUGUUUUGGCCAAUGCAACCUUUCGAAAUGAAGGGCAGCAAACGACAACUAUACUACGAUCGUUUUUGAUCAAUAAGGUUCCUCUACUUAUUUCCACACUUGCAGCGUCAUUCUUCCCCCCUCUAACUUCAGAGUUUUGUAUCACCGAAGCUUUGAGUCAUGUUGAUACUAAUGCAUUUCCCACACUUUCCACUCUGUUUGCGGAGUCAAGCAAUAACGACAUGUUCUCGGAUUCUGUUAGGCAAGACUUCUGUUUCGCUUGCUGUUUACAUGGCUUGAUUCCAGAAUCAAGCAUUGAAACAUUACUCGGCGACAUACCUAUGCAGAGUUUACCUGCCGGGGGAAGAUAUUCUAAGCAGGAUCUUGCUCAGCAAUGUCUUUCUGACUCAGAACGUGCUGAAGGGUUGAUCUCUGAACUGGAAAAUAUGGAUGGCAAUGCUGGUGCAGUUAGCCAAGCAAUUGCAGAGGUAUGUGCAUUGACUGCCUCACGGUAACCAUAACUAACCGAUAGUAGGUUAUAAAACACAUGUGUGGAAAUAAGGAGACAAUGACCUUGAAGAGCUUGUGCAGUCAAUUGGCACGUAACCCAUCGUCUUUGGAUAUAAUGCUUCUCUUCAACAAGCCUACAUCGUUUUUGCAGCCGAUCUGCGAGCUGCUUGACAAUUGGCGUUAUGACGAAGACCAGGGAGAAUAUCAGCCCGUUUAUGAAGAGUUUGGAUCGAUAUUACUUCUUGUUAUAUCAUUUACACACCGCUACAAUCUUUCAACUGUUGAUUUGGGUAUCAAAAACCCGGCUGAAUCAUUCGUAGCAAAGCUACUUGUUCAAGGUCAUCUGAGUCGAGCUUUCGAUCCAUUAUCACAACAAGAUCAAAAUCAUUUGGAUGGAUGGAUUAGGGGGCUAUUUGAGCCAGAGGGUGGUGGACUUGGUGAUGAGUUAAUGUCCUCAUGUCCGCCACAAGAGUUCUACCUGUUGGUGCCCACUUUGUUUCACCAUAUUGUUCUUGCACUCAGCACAGACACUCUUUCGGAAGAGGGUUUGAAAGGCGGCCUGGAAUUUAUGGUUGAACCAUUUCUACUUCCUUCUCUAAUUCCUGGCAUUACAUGGCUCUCGGCUCAUUUGUGGGAGGCUCGUCACCAGGCCACUUAUAUUCUUCAGAUCCUGUCAGCUCUGAUCAAAAAUCCUCCGUCCAUAUCGAACAAUAUGGAAGCUUCUCACCUGCUCAACUCAACCCUCAAAAUCGUAGCCAAAAAUCUGGAACAAAGUCUUCGAUGGCUCCAACGAGCUGAACCCCAACGCCAAGACAUCGAACCAAUAUCGAAGGCAUUGGAGUCGAAUAUAGGUUGGGAACGAAGGGGCGCUAGUAAGCACAGCGAACUAGAAUCGUGGACAGCAACACCUGGAGGUGGAAUGAGUGCUAGUAUAAAACACACAAUCGCUAUCCUUGUUCAAUGGGGCCUUCAAUGGGCCCGUAACCCUGGCAUGCAUAUUAUGCCGGCAUCCUAUACACAUCGACAGAUUCUUAGUGGGUUGAAAAUGCUCGGUGCAAAGCGAUUACUAAAUAUCAUUAUCGAUGAAGUGAAGGCGCAGACUGAAGCCGGCAAUGGAAGCGUGGCACUUGACAUCGCUACUUCGUUAGUCUGCGCUCCAGAUCCUACGAGCUUUGAUUUUGGCCGAGGGAUGGACAUUUUGAGUGGUAACACACCACAUCCGCUCCAGCGUCGGUUAACCUUAAAGGAGGCAUUGAAGGCAGAAGCAGAAAAUAUGCCGAAAGUCCACAAGACUGAUACCUUUCAUGCGGAAACUGUGAUUAGAUUAUACAGAAGAGUGGAAGCACAAGCGGCUAUCCAACAACAAUUAUUACCACAUGAUGAUGGCUUAAAUGCUUUGAAUGAAGUUAUGGGAGAUGCUGGUCUAGGGCCAGCCGAUCAAACAAAUCUAAAUAUUGAUGAUAUGGGUGGUGGUGGUGAAGAGUUAAUGAUGAUGGGUGGAAGCGUCCAUGGCGGUGAUUUACUGGAUGCUUUUGGAGGGGAUGAUCUGGGCGAUGGAAUGGGAUUUUAGACAUCAAAUCCUGCAUGGCUUUGGCAAACUGGAAAUGGAAGGGACAUUUGGGAAAUUCUAUGAAUUGGGAGCAUUUAGGUUUUGCGCGGAGCAUAUUUGUUGGGUGAAUAAUGCAUGGAUAUUACAAUACUUCAUGAAACAUCAAAGAAGAGUGAAAUAUAGCCAAAUGUUAAUAGCAAUGUAAGGGUACUGCACUACGCUACGAUAAGAGGUAUGAA